UAGGGGAGGAUCGCAUUCAGCUCUGAUUCAGGAAUUCCCUCUUUCUUCAAGAGCUGUUGCUAGGAGUUGGGAGAAAUGAAGGGAAGAAAGAAGGGACGUUCCUCACCUUCACCCUUGAUCUUGCUGCUCUUCUGUAUCGCCGGGCAUGCAACUGCUGAGCUGGAUGGCAGCAAAGAAGAGCAUGUUGUGGGUGCUGGUUUGCCUCCACUGAAGCUGGUGCACUCCUUCUGUGCCAUGAAAGCAGACGAAGGCCCGUGCAAAGCCAUCCACAUCCGAUAUUUCUUCAGCAUCAAGAGCCGCAAGUGCGAGGUGUUUGAGUAUGGUGGAUGCCAUGGCAAUGAGAACAACUUCCUGACGCUGGAGGAAUGCCAGGAGAAGUGUGUGCCAAAAGAAUUUCCUCAGAAGAUGGCAUUAGCAAAAAAUAAGAAAGCAUUGUUUCUAGGACAGCCUGACUUCUGCUUCCACGCCCAAGAGCCCGGGGUGUGCCGAGGGUAUUUUACCAGGUACUUCUACAACAAAGAGACAAAAUUGUGUGAGAAAUUCAAGUAUGGUGGGUGCCUAGGAAACCAGAACAACUUCAGGAGUUUGGAGGAGUGCCAGAAAACCUGCGAAGACAACUCUGUUACAGCUGAAGAUCAUCCCAGCACUGUGAACAGCAGCUCCCCAGCCGCAGAGCAUCCCAGCACUGUGAACAGCAGCUCCCCAGCAGCAGAGCAUCCCAGCACUGUGAACAGCAGCUCCCCAGCAGCAGAGCAUCCCAGCACUGUGAACAGCAGCUCCCCAGCAGAAGCACCCAGCCAGUCUCCUGGGAUUUUUGGUAAUUCACUGCCAGCUGCUCCAAAUGAGGAGUCCAACACCCUGAACAGCAGUUCCCCAAAGGAGGAGCCCAACCAGUUCCCCAUUUUUUUUGAACCCCCUGCCAUCCCUUCCUUGUGCCUGACCCCCAUGGACAGAGGGCUUUGCAGAGCCAAAGAAUUGAGAUUUUUCUACAACUUCUCCACUGGAAGGUGUCGCCCGUUCAGCUACAGCGGCUGUGGUGGGAACGAGAAUAAUUUCGUCUCCAGGAAGUCGUGCCUGAGGAUCUGCAGGAAAGGAUUCAAUAAGAAAAUAGGUGAAAGAAGACUAAUAAGAAUCAAGAAAAAAAGAAAGAAACAGCCAGUAAAGGCCCUGGACCUGGAAAUCAUGCCUGAAGCAAUGCAACUUUGAUUUUUAUGGAAAUGUGAUGUAAACCUCUCUUCACCUGUGAAUGAAAACCUUCAGUGUACACCAUUAAAAUAUAUUUACUGAUUAUUUUGAUUAUAUAUUACUAAGCUGCUCAUAUUUUUUUAUGUAUUCCUCAACUAUGUUAAUAAACAUUACCUCUUACUUUGCUAAAGGUUUUUAAAUUGCUGUUUGCUUGUAUAUAAUUGUCAGAGCUGCAGCAGGACAAUAAACAGUAGCAUUGAAUGGUUAAAAUGAAGAGAAAAUUUGGAUUUAAUUU